AUGCAUCUCCUCCAGCUACCAAACGAGCUCCUACAACUGAUCGCAGGCAACCUGUCCACGGACGCAGACCUGAACGCUUUAAUCCAAACACAUAGUCGUUUUUACCACCUGCUCCAAACUUAUUUGUUUGAGCACAAUGCCCGUUAUGGCGAAAGCUCUGCCCUUGUCUGGGCCGCAGCACUUGGCCAUAUAGCGAUAGCAAAAAAAUUACUUCAAGCUAAAGCAGAUGUCAACACCCUUGGCCCUCUCCACCGUUCUCUCUACAAACUCAACUUGCGUACUUGCCGGCGCAUCACCGUGCCCUGUGAUUUUGUGUGGGAAUCGUGCUUCCCUGGGGAUCGGCGCAGGUCAACGCCGAUCAUGCUUGCGGCAAUGUGUGGACAUAAGGAGAUUGUUGAGCUUUUGGUCCACCACGGCGCCGACAUCAAUCGCGAAGUCAGCGGUUGUACCCCUAUACUCGGAGCGAUAGGACAUGCGCAUGCUGAUAUUGUAGAGUACUUACUGAUCACUGGUGCUGAUCUAGAUGUCAUCUUGAGAGGUGAUUUCUCGUGGCAUACGCCACUCGAGCAUGCAGCAAAUGAAGGACAUGUGGAGGUGGUGAAGGUCCUGCUUCGGCAUGGCGUUGAUCCUAACAAGUCCUCACCACUCGCGCUUGCGGCAGAAAUGGGCAGAGUGGAGGCGGUGCGUGCGCUACUCGAAGGGGGAGCAAACGUCGAGGGAAGGAAUACUCACAAUGAUAUGGAUGCACUCUUUAAUGCAGUGUAUAGAGAUGAAGCAUUGAUCGUCGGCCUAUUGAUCAAGUAUGGGGCCAGUCUUGAACGCAGAGAUGAUGAUGACCUGACUCCCCUCGCAUUUGCCGCUCAAGUUAGAAGUGUUAAAGUUGCUGAGGUGCUUCUUGAUCAUGGUGCCAAUGUCAAUGCCUUGGUACAUGGCUCCACAGCGUUAUCUUUCGCGAUCGAUGAAGGAAAUGUGCCGGUGGUAAAACUACUGCUUGAGAACGGUGCUGAUUUAACCUUGACGAACGAGCCAUUUCUUUUAGGUGUACUUAAGAGAUGUCGCAAUCAGGAAGUGGACACCGCAAUAGUCGAGCUGCUACUAAGUCACAAGGCCGAUCCUAAUUGCUGUGACCAGAAAGGAAGGACACCAUUGAUCCUUGCGACAGUUAAACAUAAUCUCGACAUUAUGAGUCAAAAGUUUUCUGCUUUGGAUGACGUUGGAAUAAUGGAUGAUGAAAGCGACUGGGAUGAUCUAUCCUUAGACGUGAAUAUGGUAGACAGUAGCGUGUUGCUAGAGACUUCCUCUUGCGUUCCAAUGUCUACCGAAGAGGACGAAGAAGUCAGCGAUAUUAGCAACGACGACAUGGAAAAGGUGGAUAAGAGCUUUAUCGAAAAGCUUGAGGUCAGGGCUCUGAUGGCUCUUCCAAUCCACGACUUCAUUAAAAUGAAGCCCAUCCAGUCCAUAAUAGACAGCCUUACACAGCCACAGCUAGUAGAUAUGGCUAGGAAGCUCUUAGAGCUUGAUAAAUUCCAGGUCCAGCAGCACAGAAUCACAACAUACAGGAUAACAUACGGUCACCCUUCAUCAGAAGUGAAGGAUGCUAUUCAAAGGCACCUUGUGAAAGAGCCACCAUGUCCUGUUGACGAGGUGGUUACCAGCAUUCCUACAUUAGAUUGCAUUGACAAUAAUCUCCGCAAGAAGAACAAAGCGCAACUGAAACAGUUGUUGGAUGAGGCGCUCAAUGAUUCUCACACAGCGAAAUUAUAUACUCUUCUCGAGGAACGAAUCCGAGCGUUGCCAGAAGAGACAAGACGUCAAAUCCUUGCGGAAGCGCACUGGAUAUUGGAUUAUCUAGAAUGGCGGGACCUCUGGAAGCCAUGA